CCCACUGUUGUGGCUCCCCUAUUCGAGAGUUGAUCAGUUAACGUACGCGUGCGCUCGAUCCCGAUCCAGCGAUCCAGCGAGCGAUCCAUCUAUCCACCGAUCCACCGAUCUCCCGAUUCUAAGAUUCGAUCGAUCGCUUACCGGAAUUGUCAACAAUCUUUGACGCGACACAGCUUCGUAACGUGUUUACGUCUAAGACACUGUUUCUUGUUAUUUUAUUUUUGUUGUUUUGUUGUCCUCCCUCUCUUUCACUCCUGCGCUUCGGAUUUCCGUGUGUGUGUCUAUGUGUGUGUGUGUGUGUGCGGGCUUAAUUACCACUGUAUUGGUGGCCGUGUUGUCUAGCCUGUUAACUUGGCUUGGAGCGACGACGACAGUUAUGCCCUACCAAUAGCAACAAAAACAUCGAGACGCGGCAGCAGCAUCCGCUCCGAUCCGAUCGCUAAGUGUUCGACUGUUGUUCCUGUUGUUGUUGUUGUCGCUUUGAUCGAUCGAUCGCCCGAUCGUAAUAUAUAUAUAUAUAUAAAUAUUCAUAGGCCAAUAAAAAUAAAAAGAAAUAAUAGGAAAAACGAAAGAAAAAAAAGAACAACAUUUACAAGAGUCUCGAGUGGUGAGUGCGUCCGUCGUGUUGUGUGCGUUCCUAUUUGUUUUGUUUUGUCGGACAAAUAUCGGCUGUAGAUAUAUAGCUAGGAGGCUAUAUAGUAUCUGAACAUUCCAUUCUUCUGCUCUGCCCUGCCCCCCGCGAGCCCGCUUAUCCGAGCACCAUGGAAAUUUGGCGCUCAGUGACGUUGAGUGCCUUCCUGGUCCUGGGACUGGUCUUCCUCUACGGCACCGUCGAGUCCUGCAAUGAGGUCGUCUGCGCCUCCAUCGUGUCCAAGUGCAUGCUCACCCAGAGCUGCAAGUGCGAGCUGAAGAACUGUUCCUGCUGCAAGGAGUGCCUCAAGUGCCUGGGCAAGAACUACGAGGAGUGCUGCAGUUGUGUGGAACUCUGCCCAAAGCCCAAUGACACGCGCAACUCGCUCUCGAAGAAGUCUCACGUGGAGGAAUUCGAUGGAGUUCCGGAACUAUUCAACGCCGUAGCCACUUUGGAUGAAAACGACAACUACGGCUACAAUUGGGAUGUCUUCACCUUUCAAGUGGACUUCGACAAGUACUUGAAGGGUCCCAAACUGGAAAAGGACGGCAACUACUUUCUAAGAACUAAUGACAAGAACCUGGAUGAGGCCAUCCAGGAGCGAAACAACAUAGUGACAGUGAACUGCACGGUUAUAUAUCUGAACCAGUGCGUUUCGUGGAACAAGUGCCGGCAUAGCUGCAAGUCCACGGGCGCCAGCAGCACGAGAUGGUUCCACGACGGCUGCUGCGAGUGCGUGGGCUCUACGUGCAUAAAUUACGGGGUGAACGAAAGCCGUUGUCGGAACUGCCCGGAGCAGGAUAAUCUGGGCGACGAGCUGGAGGAGAACGCGGAGGAGGAGAUGCAGGACUUUGGCGAGAGCAUGGGCCCCUUCGACGGACCCGUGAACAACAAUUACUGAGCGCGGUGCGGUCAUGAAUGCCAUUAUUCAAUGAACAGAACAACUUUUAACAAAUUAGCUACUCAAUUCAGUGACAUUAUUAUUAUAUAUUGUAGUACGAAGUAAUAUUUGUAUCCGGAGGGAUAGAACGCUUCAGUAGCUCCAGAGAGCGGCGUUCCGAAAUCACCGCUUGGGCUGCGGCAAAAAAAGUUUGUUAGUCAAAGAAACGAUUGUAUUGUAAAAUUAAAAGUGUUUAUUUCUUA